AUGUUACUUUUUGAAGACUUCUUUGACUCUGCAUUGGUGAUUUGCAAGUGUAGUAAUGAAGGGAAGAAAGAGCUGGUGAAUUUAUUUUUGCCUGAACUGGGGAAUCUGGUGACAGAAGAAAAUAUUUGCUACACUCUGCGGCAGGAGGCUUUGAGGACUCUCAACUCUAUACUUGACAGUGUCCCAAGGGAGGAGAGAAAGAAAUUCCCUUUGUCUGAGGAGAUGUGCUCCCUCACGAAAGACCUUGCAAAAACUAUACUGGAGGUUGGUGACUAUGACCUUCAGGUUGCCCUUUCAGAAGCACUUUGUAGGUUAAUGACGAAAAAAUGGAGGGAUGACCUUGUUCACCACUGGUUUGAAGAUAACUAUCUUGCUGAAGCUUUCAAAGAGAUCAAGGAUAGAGAAUUUGAGACGGACUGCAGAAAAUUUCUUAACCAGCUAAACGAAAGGCUUGGCGAUAAAAGAAGAGUCUACUCAUUUCCUUGCAUAUCUGCUUUUGCUGACAUGAAUGAGGUGAAGAAGCCAUCUGAUGAGAAGCUGGAGAAGUUCUGGAUUGACUUCAACACUGGCAGCCAGAGUGUGACUUUCUAUGUGGACAGUAAUGAGGGUGCUCUUUGGGACUCGGUGAGGCUGUCAGAAGAAGCAGUCAGUGGUUACAGCCUGAAGGAGAAUAAUGGAGAGAAGAUUGUUAAAAUUUACAUGAAGAUUCCUGCUACUUUUAACAAAAUAGUAGCAACAAAAAUAAAAAUAUUUUUCAGUGCUGAGUUUGAAAUCUUAAGUAUACUCAGAAAAGUUCUGGGAGAUGAAAAAAUGAUGAUAAAUAUGGCUGAAGAGGAGUCUGUUCAUGAUGGGAAGCAAGCCAGGCAGAAUGAAGCAGUGAUACCAGAGUCCACUAAUUCACAGGGCAGGAAAGAUCCUUCAAACUUGGAAAACACGGAUUCUCUAUCAGACAACUUAGCCUCUCAGCACAGCCAACAGUUAACAGACACUGCAUCAAGGCUUGUUAACUCUGGCAUGACCGUGAUUAGAGUGAGCCAGGAGACUGAGGUGGAUGAUGUCAACCAAGAGAAGAAGUCCAAAACUCCAUCUCCAAGGAAGAAAGCUAAGCCUAGUGAGAAGCGCCUAGAAGAGUCACCCAUGGAAAAGUCAACACCAAAGAAAGGUGUCACCUCAGUAAAGAGAAGGAGAAAAACAAGUCUGGCCAAGCAGAGGACUGAAGGCAGGAAGGAAAUCUUUGACUUUGAAAACUCGGACUCUGCAAGUCAUGAAAUGGUCACUGAAGCCAAAGGAAAGAUUCUUGGCCAGAAAAUUUCCUCACAAAAUCAGAGGAAUUAUGAAAUGGGAGAGAAGAAUAAGGAAUCAAACAAGAGUGAGAGAAGAAUGUCCAACUACAGGAAACACCUCUUCUCUGAAAGCAACAAUGAAAAUACAAGCACUGGUCAGAGUGAAAAAAGCUGGAUUCUUGACUCUCAGAAACCAUCAUUGUCAAAAUCUCUCGACUAUACUAAAAAAAAACGAAGGGUGCGAAGUAAAUUAAAAGUACUUCCAGUGUCUUCUGCAAGUAGCGGCAGUGAUUACCAGACAAAGAAGCAGGGAGCGUCAAAGCAAAAGGCUCAAAAGGAGAUGCAAAGGAAAAAAAGCACAUCUAGUUCCAAGGGAGAUGAUGUACCUACAAUGGAUCUAGCUGAUGAAACGCUCUCAGAGGACCCCACAGGGGAGCCACUGUUACUUGAUGCAUCUGCCAAGGACUAUUCCAGUGAUGAGGAGAAAGCUACACAGAAGUUUCCCGAUGCAUCUGGCAAAGGGUCAAGAGAAGAACAAAGUUUUAAGCGGAAGGACUCAGAAAUGUUAAAUGGCACUGCCUUGAAAAAGCCUAAAUUUUCCACUUUGGAAACAAAUCAUCUGUCUUCUGACUAUAAACAAAGGAAACUUUCUGAUUCAGCAGAGAAGGAAGAGGAGAUCCAAACAGGUCAGGAAAUGCAAGAAAAUGUGAAUGAUGCUUCUUUUUCCAAUAUGCUGCAUGAAGACUUCAGUGAUUCAGGGGUGACUGCUGCAUUUGAAAGCUUUAUUGGCCAACUAAAGAAAUUGUUCUGGUCCCGGUACAAAAAGAUGGAGAUUGCCACCCAGAACACACUGAGGACUUCGGAGAAGAAUGUGUCUGCCUUGUUGAACCAGAUACAUGAGUGCAGGCUAAAUAAGCUAGAGACCUUCCAGAAGAUUGUUGUUGAAGAGCUUGCCAGUCUUGAGAAGGAAAAUCAAGUCUUGGCAAACAUGGAGAAGGACGCAGUGGAAUUCUGGAAUGCACAGUUCCUCAAACUGAGUUCUUUCUGCAAACAGCAAAAAGAAAGAAUUCAGUCUGUUGACUCAGCCUUGGGUGAAUCAGCAAAGAGUUUUUCUGACAGUAUCCAGGACACAACGUAUGAACAGCCAAUGAAGAAGGUUGUAGAAAACAAUGUGUUCAUUGUUCCUUCUGACUAG